AAAAAUUUUCUCUCUCAUUUUGAUUCUUUUCUUUCUCUGUUUUGUUUACAAUUGUUUCUUUUUAAAUUUGAGUGACAAUUAAAGUUUCAUCAUUAACCAUAUAGUAUUUAAUUUCUUUUAAUUUAUUUAAUUUAUUUAUUCUCUUUAUUGUUCAGCAAUUUAUUCAUAAUUUAUUGUUUCAAAUUCUCAUGGCAAAUACAAGAAGUUGUAGACCCAAAAGAUAUGCUGCUCAACGAGCUCAGACAUUUUUUUCGCAAGAGCAAACAAGUGCUCUCUUUUAUAAAGAACAAAAUGAUUUAAAAAAAGCGUUACGAAGAUCGCUCAUUGAAGCUCGCCGAGCAGCAUCCAGAGCGGAAAGAUCUGAAGGCAGUAUUAGUGAUGUAAAGGAGUUAGAUCAUAAUUCGGAUCAGUCUGAUCAAUCUCGACCGAAAAGAUUUGCUGCCCAAAAAGCUAAUGUUCUUUUUUCUCAAGAACAAACCAGUGCUCUUUUUUACAAAGAACAGAAUGACAUUAAAAAAGCUGUGAGAAGGUCGCUUAUUGAAGCUCGACGUGCUGCUUCUCGUGCAGAUCGAAAUGAAAGGGUUUCUAGAUAUUCUCUUAAUGGACAUUACAAGGAGGAAAAAGCAAGAUCUGAAGAUUCGGAGGGACAUGAACAAGAUGAACAACAUUGUAAUGGCAAAGAUUCAAUAGAUUCAACCACAAGUAGUAAAUCUAAAAAGCUGAAAGUUCAUGCACAACGGAAAUUUGCUUCCAGCUCGGUCAACAAUAUUUCCGCUUCAAGUCCAGCCAAAUCAGAUUCCAAGAAUUAUAAUAACACCGUAGCUGAACUUUUCCCUCGCAAUCGACCAUCAACUGAAGAUUUUUUAACUUUCUUAUGCUUUCGAUCGACUAAACUUUUACCCCAAAUCAACGGUAACUAUUAUGAGCAAGAUUUUCUUAAUCACGACGACAACGAUUAGGAUGCAUUUUCUUUUCUCUACCAAGAUCUACACCUUAGGCUGAGACAAUUAACCUUAAAACUGAUUGUUUUACUUCACCUUGAAAUCUCCUCAUCAAUCACCCUUCCUUGUUUGUUUUCCUUCAUUUCCCAACCCUUGAUUGUUUACACUUGUUAAAUCCGAUCUUCUUUUUUUUGUGAUUAACCCAAUUAUUUUCCUUUAAAAUAAUUUCUUUUUCUCAUGUUACAACACAAAUAUUCCCAAUUCCUCCAAUUUACAAUCACCUUUUUGAUUGUUAUUCCAACUUUUAAAUUGUAAAAUUAUCCUCUUUUUAAACUUUUCUAAUCUGUUGUCAAAACUAAUCCACAACCUUCAGUAAUUAAUUUUCUUAUCAAUUUCUCCUCUUGCCAAAUUUCCCAACCAAACACUCACUCGAAACAUAAAAGGAAUCACAGAGACUUUUCGAAGUUUUUUCGUCCGAUGAAGACAAAUCAUAGAGAAAAAGAAACGAAAAAUAAUCAACGAAAAUGGAUCAUUGGACUUGCGAAAAAAAAUCAAAUCAAAAAUCGAUUGACCAACUUGAUCAACAACAACACAAAUCAUCCAGUUAUCACAAACGUUGAAAACUAAUUAAAUUAAAUCAGUUGAUUUAGAUUUGCGUUUGUAAAUACAAGACUGAAAACAAAAGUUAACUACUGUACUUGGGGAAAGAAAACAAAUUCAUUUGUAUUGAUCAAUUUUUAAUUGUCUAUAUUCCAGAAGUUCAAACCCCUAAUUUAUUUUAAGAGUUUUAUUUAAUUUAAUUGUUAACAAACAAACAAACGAAAUCACAAAGAGCAAAUCAAUUCUAUGAUUUAAAACCUUAAAAAUUGAUUGUAAAAAAACGAUUAUAGUGAUGGUAAUUAUACAAUCAAUUAUAUUUUUAAUCAAUUUACAUGUAAAAUUACAAUCGUUUAAAUAAAUCGAUAAAACUUAAA